GGGAGACACCGUUGGUCCGCCAGUGUUGUUGCACGGCCCCCUGUGCCCUUUUAUCUGUAUAGUAUUGACCCGUAAGUGGUUUCUAAGAGAACGCGUGCAUGAGAUGUUGUUUUAAAGAACGGCUCGCUGACAUUUGUUUGGAUCCACCUGGAUGUUGAGUGUGCGGGCUCUGUUUGGGAUUGGCUUCCUGGUGACCUCAAGGACCACGGCGGUCCUCGCUCAGACCAGGACAUGUCCGCUGUCUGCUGCAGCUAACAACCACAAGAAGGACGGGUUCACUGGCAGACCAGCAUCCACCAUGGCCCAGACCAUCAAAUACCUUGGGCAGGAGGAGGCCCAGCACAUUGAUGAGGAGCUCUUCAGUGAGUAUGGCUUCAGUGUGGACCAGCUGAUGGAGCUGGCUGGACUCAGCUGUGCCACAGCCAUCGCCAGGGCUUAUCCCAUCACCUCCCUGGUCAAGGCCAGACCUUCUCUCCUGGUGAUUUGUGGACCUGGUAACAACGGAGGCGACGGCCUGGUCUGUGCACGACAUCUUAAACUCUUUGGCUACGAGCCCACCGUCCUGUACCCGAAGAGGCCCAACAAGCCUCUGUUCCAGGGCCUGACCACGCAGUGCCAGAAAAUGGAGAUCCCCUUCCUGACUGAGAUGCCUGAGGCUGCAGUGAUCGACGAGGCUUACAACCUGGUGGUAGACGCCAUCUUUGGCUUCAGCUUCAAGGGGGCGGUGCGAGAGCCUUUUGGUUCCAUCCUGGAUGUGCUGAAGAAGACGACAGCCCCCGUCGCCAGCAUCGACAUCCCCUCAGGGUGGGAUGUGGAGAAGGGCAGCGCGGAUGGACUGCAGCCUGACAUGCUCAUCUCUCUCACGGCUCCCAAGAAGUCUGCCAGCUUGUUCAGGGGACGAUACCACUUCCUGGGAGGGCGGUUUGUGCCUCCGGGCCUGGAGAGGAAGUACCAGCUCAACCUGCCUCAGUACCCGGGCCUGGACUGUGUGUUACAGCUGUAAGGGCUGAGGGGCCAAUGAGAGGAAGAGUGUCGUCUUUCAACACUAUGGGGGAAAUAAUUCUCAUCCACAUUUUUUUUGUUAUCACUGGAGGCUAUAGCAUAGCUUAGCAUAAAGACUGGAAACGGCUAGCCUGGCUCUGUAAGCAUAGAAUAACUUCUAAAGCUCACAAGCUAUCACGUAGCCUUGUUUUCAUUUAUACGCAAACAGAAAUGAAAAAUGACUAUUUUGUACUUGAACAUGUCGUUAUGUUCGUUCAGGAUUUCCACUUCCUAUCUCCAGCUCUGUCCUGAAUAGAGUAGAGAGUAGUAUCAGUCCAAACUUUGGAAAUAUAUCAAAUAAAAAUGUUGGGGAUUUGAUCUGUUCCCAUUGAGUGGAUGGCGGUGGGUAUAAUAGAGCUUUAAUAAAUCUGUGGAUGAUUCUUGUGUUCAUGUGAAAGCACAGCGCUUUGAUGUGGUGGUUGCCUCAGCUUCACAAAAUUAAAAAUAACCAAAAAGAUUA